AAAGUGUUCCGCUGUUGGUCGGCAGCUUUCUUCCUGUGAACUGCCGCCGACGUCUUCGCGCUGUAAAACCAGAGUUCCAUGACCUACACGUGCUGUGGUGCUCUGCUCCCCAAAAGCAGUCAUGUGUUAGUUUUUUCCGAUGCUUCAUCUUGUUCCAGAAGAGUUACUUUGGUUUUCUGGAAUACAAGGUGCUCAAUGAACCGGGAGCCUCCAUGAAUGACACAGCCAGCUCUUGCCAGCAAAUGGCUAAAAACUGCACCUCACAUGUAGCAGGGAUGGCACAAGAGGACAGCCACCGGGAUCAGGUGCCACCCCCUUUCUAUCAUGAAACCAGCCAGGAACUUGAUUUGUCCACCAAAGUGUGCAAAAGGGAGUCUGGGAGCCCUUAUUCUGUGUUGGUGGACCCCAAAGCGAGUAAGCCGCAUCUCCACGAAAGAGAGGAGCAGCCAUAUUUCAGGGAGGACAGAACAGUAGGAGAGGCCCGAGCCGUGAAAGAAGACAGGGAGAACUCUGACGACUUGCAGGAGGAGGAAGAGGAGGAAGAUGAAGUGACUUACAAAAGGGAGCAGAUAAUAGUCGAGGUAAACCUUAACAACCAAACCUUAAAUGUAUCAAAAGGGGAGAAAGGGGUCCCCUCCCAGUCCAAAGAAACUGCUGUUCUUAAGACCAGCAGUGAGGAAGAGGAGGGUGACAGUGGGGAGGAAGAGGCCACUGAAGACAGUAAUGAUUAUGAGGAGAAUGAGAGGCAGAAGAAAAAACAAAGAGAGGCGAAAGAUAGUGUUGCACAAAGGAGGACGCGGAGAGCUGCAUCUGCUGCAGCCGCCACAACUUCCCCUACUCCCAGAACUCCACGGGGGCCUAGAAAGAGCGUUGAACCCCCCAAACGUAAGAAGAAAGCUGCAAAGGAGCCCAAGGCACCUGUGCAGAAAUCAAAGUGUGAAGAAAAGGAGACUUUGACCUGUGAGAAGUGCCCCAGGGUGUUUAACACACGCUGGUAUCUGGAGAAGCACAUGAACGUCACUCACAGGCGCAUGCAGAUCUGCGACAAGUGUGGGAAGAAAUUUGUGCUAGAAAGUGAGCUCUCCCUUCACCAGCAAACAGACUGUGAAAAAAACAUCCAGUGCGUUUCCUGUAAUAAGUCAUUCAAGAAGCUAUGGUCCCUUCAUGAGCAUAUCAAGAUUGUCCAUGGAUAUGCAGAGAAAAAAUUCUCCUGCGAGAUAUGCGAGAAGAAGUUCUACACCAUGGCUCACGUGCGCAAGCACAUGGUUGCACAUACUAAGGACAUGCCAUUCACCUGUGAAACCUGUGGAAAAUCCUUCAAACGCAGCAUGUCGCUCAAGGUUCAUUCCCUGCAGCAUUCUGGCGAGAAGCCUUUCCGAUGUGAGAACUGUGACGAAAGGUUUCAGUACAAGUACCAGCUUCGUUCCCACAUGAGCAUCCACAUCGGGCAUAAACAGUUCAUGUGCCAGUGGUGUGGUAAAGACUUCAAUAUGAAACAGUACUUCGAUGAGCACAUGAAAACCCACACUGGAGAGAAGCCCUUUAUCUGUGAAAUCUGCGGCAAAAGCUUCACCAGUCGGCCCAACAUGAAGCGGCACCGCCGAACGCACACAGGGGAGAAGCCGUACCCGUGCGACGUGUGUGGCCAGCGAUUCCGCUUUUCCAACAUGCUUAAGGCGCACAAGGAGAAGUGCUUCCGUGUCACCAGUCCAGUCAACGUGCCGCCUGCCACCCAGAUCCCCCUCGCCACGACCUCUCCUGCUACCACUGUACCUUCUGUUGCGAACACACCCAGUGCCCCAGCCCCUACUCCGCCGAUCAAUAUGAACCCGGUGAGCACACUUCCUCCCCGACCCAUCGCCCACCCAUAUUCUCACCUGCAGCUUCACCCACACCAUCCGCAUCACCUCCCUGUCCCACCUGUCCCUCACUUACCCCCGCCUCCAGCUCUGUUUAAGAGUGAGCCUUUAAAUCACAGGGGCCAAGGUGAAGACAGUUUUCUGAGGCACCUAGCAGAAAAAAACAGCUCAAUACAGCACCACUAACUGCUUGUCUUCAGCCUGCCAUCCUCUCGGGUCUUUCACACCUGGAGGUGUGCCCCCCCCCACCCAUGAAAUGUCAUGGCGUCGCCCAUAGCUCCAACGGAAGGAUCUUUGCGUUGAUCUCGGCUAUCCAGCAAAGUGAUCAUCGGAUGCAGGGGGGACCCAGCAGAACAGAAGCCCAGCUUGGCUUGCACGUUUUACUGCUGACUUUUAUAGGUUCACAAGGACUGAGACUUCGUGGAUUUUUUUUUUUUUUUUACUGUUUCAUAUCAGCUGAUGAGGUAUGCUUGCUUUUAUAUCCCGGACUUUCUCCUCAAAGAGGGGACGGGCCUGGUUUCCUUUGUACUAAUCGGAAAGACUGUGAGACUAAAUCCCAGAGCAUUAAUUAUCACUGUGUAUUUGUUAAUUUCUUUUCAGCUUUUUCCCCCCACCCCAGUGUGCGUGUGCGCGUGUGUGUGCGCGCUGGUUGAGUGAGCCAGCCACAUGAUCGCAAGAUAUUAAGCAUUAUAGCAAAAAAAAAAGACAGUAAACAAAACUUAAUCUCAUUCGAGUAGUUCUCCUAACACACUCUUUAUUUUAAUACGGAAAAAAUUAUUUUAGAGGGUUUUUUUGUAUAGACCUAUUUAGUAGCCUGUUUCUAAAAUGUAUUUCGAAUAAGCGGUGUAAUUUUUUUCAGUGUAGCUGGACCUAUGUUAUAAUAGAUAAUUUUUAUAAUCAUUCAAAUGUGAUUUCUUUAAAAAAAAGAGAGAGAUGCAGAUAGCUUCUAUAGUAAAAAAAAAUUAUUCUUACAUCUGUACUACUCUAAAAAAAAGGUGCUGGGGGGUGGGAGGGGAAGAAACCCAAGACGUCUAUGGGAAGGCUGACUCGAAAGUGGAGACGAUUUUCAGAACUUUAUAAUAAUUUAUCUGUAUGUGGGGGGGGGGGGUCCUCUUAGCCUUGCAUUAUCUUCUUUCACUUGGAGUUAUAAGACCAGUUACAUUAAACUGCUGUGUUCCCACAAACGUUUUUCACUCAGCUCUGCUAGGCAUAAAGUGUGAAAUGUUUCAGAAGGGGUAGACUCUCUCACGGGGCAAAAUUGGGGUAUGAAACUGUGGAGGGCGGGGGGAGACUCGGCCAGGUGUGGGGAGUGGGAUGUCAUUUCUUGGGCAUAAUUAGAACCGGGUUCAUUAUGUAAAUGCGUGUUUUAAGGUAUGACUUCUGAUUUGGGGAUCAUUUGAUGCUGCUGCUUUUGUGUGUGUUUUUCUCUCCCCCCCCCCCCCCCAAGAUUCUUGAGUUCACUAGGAGAAAAGUGGGGAGUCACAAAUAAGGUGCUGUGUGGCUGGAUAUGUGUAGAAUAAACCUGGAUUGGUGAAUCCGGUGGGAACGUGAAUCGCAAUUCUUAUUCGGUUAACUGGAGUUGAAAUAUGGCACCCUGUAAGCAGCCGAAAUGGCUUAUUGGCACCUUGGUGGAGAAGGCACAGAGACACCUACCACUCUUUAGAGCUCAAAUGUCCCUGUGGCUGUUUUCCCUAAGCUCAGUUCCAUCCCCCCCCCACGCCCCCAAGCAUCUUAUGCUGACCCUCAGCAUGCCAUUUCCUUUCUAAAAGAUUAGGCUUUGGAGCUAAUUAGGUGGGGGGUUAUUGCAUCAGAUCAGCCCCCACUUUUGCAUUCUGAUAACUGUGCUUCUGCCAUCUAACUUCGAUCUUGCGUUUUUUAAAAAAUAUAUAUAGAGAGAAGAUUAGGCCUUUUUGAUACUUGUUCUCAUAUUUGAAUGAUAAUUUCUUAACCCCCCCUCCUCCUUUUUCUGACAAAUUAGUCUUUUAAAGAUGUUGUGAUAACAUUUUAUCUGUUCCUUCUCUUUUGUAGGUAGUAAAGCUAGCUAUAAAAGUGAAACAUUAAUAUAAUGGUUCGCCAUCUUCUAUUGCCUGGGAUGGUUCUGUACAUUCCAUGUCAUGUUUGCAAACCCAUAAUUCUGUAUAGUUUAUCUAUGCUGCAGGCCAACAGUCUGGCCUGGUGAAUCUACUUUUAUAAAUUUAAAGGAAGAAAAAAACCCAAGCUCACCUUGGUAAAUCAGUUGUAAGCCAAUUUUGCAACAAUGGUUUUCUCAAUAAAUUUACAGUAUUU